AUGCCUCCUCCCGUCCAAUCUGCAUACAAACGGAUCGCCCAGCCGAAAACAGGCGAAAAUGGAUACCAAGAAUGCCAAUGUGGCAAGUCUGAAGUCCUUCCCUCCGGCUGGAAUGGAUUCGAUGCCAAGGCCCUGGAAAGCGAUAUCUGCAUCGACCACGAUAUUGAGAUCGUCGUCCGAGAUGGCGUCCGUCUCUACGCCGAUGUAUACCGACCAGCCGGCACAACGGAAAAGGUCCCAGCUAUACUGAGCUGGUCAUUCUACGGAAAGAAAUACAGCGCACUGGAUAUGCUACCGAUGUGCGUCUGGAAAUGCUGCGUCCCACCAUCUGAUCUCAGCGGACUGGAGAAAUUCGAAGGUCUCGAUCCCCAGACGUGGUGUCCUCGAGGCUACGCCAUUGUCAGUGUCGAUACGCGCGGCGCAGGCCACAGCGAUGGACAAAUCUGCGUUAUGGGAACGCAGGAUGCCGAGGACGGAUACGAUGUUGUGGAAGCCAUUGCGCGUAUGGAAUGGUGUAAUGGCAGUGUUGGGAUGGCUGGUAACUCGGCACUGGCUAUCUCGCAGUGGUUUAUUGCGGCCCAGCAGCCUCCUUCGUUGAAAGCGAUUGCGCCAUGGGAGGGAUCUGGCGAUCUUUUCCGUGAGCAGUUCUGUCGCGGCGGCUGGUUCUCUAUGAGUAACUUCGACCUUAUUGCAAAGGCCAUUGUUCGGGGCCAGGAGAACUCGGGCCUAGAAGAUUUCGAGGAGAUGUAUCGUCGGUCUCCUGUUUCUAGUGCUUUCUGGGAGGAUAAACGAGUCGAUAUGUCGCGUGUCAAAUGUCCUGUUUUCAUUCGAGGAUCGGACGUGAGCUCCAUUCACACCAUGGGCUCUGUUCGUGGAUACCUCGAGGUUCCUCAUGCUGAGAAAUGGAUCCAAUGGGGCAGCAAGCAGGAGUGGUAUGAGCUUUACAGCGUGCCGCAGUCCACCGAAGAGCUUGGCUUGUACUUUGAUCGAUAUCUCAAAGGCAAAGAGAAUGGGUGGGAGAAAACCCCCAAAGUUCGCUGGUCUGCACUGCAAUUCGGAGAUCGCGAAGCCAUCGACGACAUCGUUCUCGAGGAUUUCCCUGCUCCCAACACCGAGUAUCGGACAUUCUUCCUCAGCAAUGAUAAGCAACUUCUAGACAGCCCCGUUGCAGAGUCCCAGCAAAUAUCGUACGAUUCCGAAGAUCGUCAUGACUUCGGGGAGUUCAACUACACCUUUGAGAAGGACAGCCGGUUGAUCGGGUUGCCCAAGGCAGUCCUAUACAUGUCUUGCGAAGACCGCGAUGACUUUACAGUAUUCGUCAUCCUUCGAAAGAAAGAUAGAAACGGAAAGGAUCUCAUGCAUCUCAAUUUCCCAUUUGAAGCCACACCCAUCAAAUCCAUCGAUGAGAUCCCCGAGGAAGAUCAAGCAAGCCUCAAUCUCCAUCUAGGAUCAGUCGGGAUCCUACGUGCCUCCCAGCGGGAGAUUGAUCCCACGCGCAGCAUUCACCCUCAAUUCCCAUUCCAUCCUCAUACACGACAGGACAAGAUCUCCCCAGGAACGAUCGUCAAGCUGGAGAUAGGCAUUUGGGCCAUGGGUGUGGACUUUGAGGAGGGCGAAUCAAUCAGUGUCAGAAUCGGGGGUCAAUACCCUAGCAUUGCCGAAUACAAGACAUUCUCGAAGCCCAGACCGGAGCAUGAGCUUAAUCGUGGAAGGCAUAUCAUUCACUGCAAUCAAACAACCGCAAGCCCGGCUCCUUCGCCGCCACACAACCCUUCGCACGAAGAACACCAAUAUCUCAACCUCAUCCGUACAAUCCUCUCGGAAGGCGAGCACCGCCCCGAUCGCACAGGAACUGGAACCAGGUCAAUCUUUGCUCCCCCACAGCUCCGAUUCUCUCUGUCCAAGCCCAACCCAGAAGGCGGCGAUCGGAUUCCCAUCCUGCCCCUCCUGACCACCAAGCGAGUCUUCCUCCGCGCAGUACUUGCCGAGCUUCUCUGGUUCAUCUCCGGCUGCACAUCCUCGCUGCCCCUAUCCGAGGCCGGGAUCAAGAUCUGGGAUGGAAAUGGAAGCCGCGAGUUCCUGGACAAGUCUGGUCUCGGCCACCGGGAAGAGGGCGAUCUGGGCCCUGUGUACGGCUUCCAAUGGCGCCACUUUGGAGCCGAGUAUGUGGAUGCAAAGACAGACUACACCGGCCAGGGCGUCGACCAGCUGAAAGAUGUUGUGAACAAGCUCAUCAAUAACCCAUUUGACCGACGUAUUAUCAUGAGCGCGUGGAACCCGGCUGACCUGACGAAGAUGGCCCUUCCCCCGUGCCAUAUGUUCGCUCAAUUCUACGUCUCAUUCCCUCCUACUAUGAAGCUUGAUGAAGCGACCGGUCGCCCAACGGAGAAGGGUACACUGUCCUGUGUCCUUUACCAGCGCUCCUGUGACAUGGGCCUCGGUGUUCCCUUCAACAUCGCCUCUUAUGCUCUGCUCACUCAUAUUCUUGCCCACGCUGCGGACCUGCACCCCGGUACUCUUAUUCACACUAUGGGUGAUGCUCACGUGUAUCUUGAUCAUGUUGAUGCACUCCAUGAGCAGCUCACUCGGGAACCAACCGAGUUCCCUGAGCUGCGCAUCAAGCGUGAGGACCGGGGCAGCGCAGAGGUCGAUGGCUGGAAGGAGGAUGAGUUUGAGGUCAUUGGUUACAAGCCUCACAAGAUCAUCAAGAUGAAGAUGAGUGUUUAA